CACCUUUGUUCAAGCAUCUGGAUUCCUAAUUUCCUGCGCCAGCAGCAACCAUGACCAAAACCAUCGAAGAUGAUAUCUCAACCUCUACCACAGAGUCCGUGGUGAAGCCGCCCCCGGAUGGCGGAGCCAUGGCAUGGACUCAAUCUGCCAUGGGCCACCUCGUCUGCUUCAACACCUGGGGUUACCUCGCCAGCUAUGGGGUCUUCCAGUCCUACUACCAAACCCACCUCGGGGUAUCCGAGUCUGCAAUCUCCUGGGUCGGGUCCAUCCAGAUGUUUCUCAUCUUCUUCGUGGGUACCUUUUCGGGACGAGCGCUGGACGCAGGCUAUUUUCGUCACGUCUUCUGCGCCGGCGCAUUCCUGCAGAUUCUGGGCGUCUUCAUGACCUCUCUCUCCACCCAAUACUGGCAGCUCUUUCUCGCACAGGGACUCUGCACAGGGUUAGGCAGUGGCCUCCAGUUCUGCCCCGCAAUGGGUCUAGUGGCCACCUAUUUCGACAAACGCCGCGUAUUUGCGGUGGCUUGCUGUCUGGUCGGCAGCGGGACGGGGGGCAUGGUCUUCCCCGGGCUGGUCAAGGGCCUACUCCCCGUCCUUGGUUUUGGCUGGACCCUGCGCGUUGUGGGGUUCGUCAUGCUUGCCACCACUAUCCCUGCCGUUGCGCUCUUUCGCACUCGUCUGCCCCCGCGCAAGUCGGGCCCCCUCGUGGAGCUGUCCGCCUUCCGCGACGAGCCAAUCUAUACGUUUUUCAUUCUGGCCAUCUGGCUCAACUUCUGGGGCAUGUACUUUGCAGUCUAUUAUGUGGGUGCCUUUGGCCGAAGCGUGAUCGGACUCACCUACUCCGACUCAACGAACUUGAUUAUUGUGCUCAACGCGGCCGCCAGUCUCGGACGCCUGGUCCCCGCGUACUUUGCUUCUUUCCACUUGGGCCCGCUGAACACCGUCAUUCCUCUCUCGGUGGCCUCGAGCGUGCUGAUGUUCUGCUGGGCGGCCGUGCACUCCACAGCGGGGCUCUACACGUUCGCCGUGCUUUACGGAUUCUGCGCCAAUGCGGUCCAGGGGCUCUGGCCACCCACACUCUCCAGCCUGAUUACGGACCUCAGCAAGGCUGGCACACGGAUCGGCAUGGGCUUCACGAUCAUGAGCUUUGCAUGUUUGACCGGACCUCCGUUGGGUGGCGCUCUCGUUGCCAAGGCCCAUGGUUACAUCGGAGCCCAGGUGUGGGCGGGAGUAGUUAUUUUACUGGGUGCGAUGGUGCUGUUGGGGGCGAGGAUCUCGAAGACCGGAUGGCGCGUCAAGGUCAAGAUCUGAGAUCAUUGCCUUGCUCUCGGAAAAAGGGGAGCAGGUAAGGUAGGAGGUAGAGUAGGCUCGGGAUAGGAUUUGCCGGUGGAAAAACGUGGGGUUGCGUCAAAGCACGUUGUGGAUAGUCGAAACGAUUGUUUUGGUGUCAAGUAUUAGACUGAA